UGCCAACAUUUUUUUGGUGCGUUCCUAUUUUUAGUAACUUUUCUGUCAAACCAUCCCAAAACAUUCUUUGUGUAUAUUUACACAAAUCAGCGUUAUUUUCAGUGCAAUUUAUUUAUUUAUCUGCCGUGCAUCGACCUUUUGGCCCCUUGACCCAGAACAAUGUCGUGACCCAAUCAUGAAUAAACACCUCUGUGUCUUCCUCCUCGCAACAUCGACGCUUUUCGUGUUUGGCAACGACAACGACUACGAUGACUACGACGAAGACUUAAUCCCCCACAACUCCUCCACGAACAACACUCUUGUUUUCAUCCGUUCUCUUACCAACCUUUCGAUCGACGCCACCACCAAAACCAUUCGUCUAUUAUGUGAAGUCCAAAACCUCGAUUUGAACAACACAAAUCGUGUUUCCAUCACAUGGCGCAAAAACAACGUUCCUGUCGAACGCAAUGAUCGUAUCAUUAUUCGAAAAUCGUCCAGUGAUCACAAACAUCGAUCCAUGCUUCGUAUUAACGACGUCGAAUUUUUCGAUCGUGGUUUCUACGACUGUACGGCGACGAACGGCAUCGAUAAAAUCCGAUCGCAGGCGUUAGUAGACGUCGCGACGGAAUCAGGACGCAUUGAUAGCACCGUUGCGCUAAAAUUCGACGGUGAGAUUACAACGAUUCCAGCAGGGACAAUUUUCGACGCCAAGUUGGCAGAACUGCCUCAUGAGAGGAUCACAAAUACGUUGCAACGGCCUUAUAAUCUCAGUGAGCCGUUUUGUCAAGUUUAUUUAGGGGAGACUUGUAAAGAUUACUUGGAGAAUCAGUAUGUUUUUGUACAGCCCCCGUAUAGUCAAAAAGACAUCGAAUUAAUGCUAAGUGAUGCUUUUCUGGUCAUUUCGCAGUCAAAUGAUAUUUCAUCGAGUUGUAAUAAAUUUGCACGACCGAGUUUGUGUUACUCGGCUUUUCCCUUGUGUACCGAUCCGAAAAAAGUCAAUAUGUAUCAGACGACGAAAAUGAAUCGCUUUAAAUUGGAUAAUGUCGGUUUUAAGAAUUUGAGGAAUAAGUUGGGGAGUUCAUUGAGGAGAAUUUGUAAAGAAGAUUGUCUUUUAUUGGAGACUGAGUUGUGUAGUAAGGAGUAUGCCAUUGCGAAACGACAUCCGGUCAUUGGGAAGACUUUGGAGUUGGAAGAGUGUCAGUUUUUGCCGAAUGAAACCGAAGCUAGUUCGAGGAAUUGUCUCGAAUUGGGAGUGGAUCAUGAGAGUGUCAAUAAAGAUGAUACAUGCUAUUGGGACAACGGCGAGUUAUACAGGGGUGUUCAAAAUAUGAGCGAAUUUGGUAAUAAGUGUUUGAGAUGGGCGCACCAAUUCCACAUCCAUUUAUCUGAACACCCGGAACUCACCGGUCAUAAUUAUUGCAGAAAUCCAGGUGGCGUUGAAUCACAACCGUUUUGUUACGUCGAUGGUGAUCCGAUUCGUCGUGAAACUUGUGACGUCACCAAGUGCACCUACGUUGUUUGGAUGUACGUCAUUGGGAUUUUCAUAGCCGUCUCUGUUUUUAGUGUUGUGCUAUUUGGCGUUUUUUGUUGUCGACGAAGAAAUAAACUUGCACGUAACUUGCAAAAUAUGAAUGUUCCCGUCGCUGAUAAGAAUAUUUAUGGUAGUGGUAGUCCUAAUGCCCCUCCUAUGGAACUAAACAGUCUCCUCCCCCCCAAUAUCCCCCCACAACGUAACUCCCACUCGACGAAAAACGGUUAUCAGAACGUCCCCCAAUACACCUACAAAGAAGUCGCUUUUGUGGAGGAGUUGGGCGAAGGAGCCUUCGGUAAAGUGUACAAAGGUGAACUCAAAACAAAAAAUGGGAAAAUUUUCGUUGCUGUAAAAUCACUGAAAGAAAAUGCCAGUGCCAAAACACAGGCUGAUUUUCAGCGCGAAAUUGAACUAAUUUCAGAACUGAAACAUCCAAAUAUUAUUUGUCUACUAGGAGUGGUAGUAAAACAGGAACCUAUGUGUAUGUUGUUUGAAUUCAUGUCAGAGGGUGAUUUACACGAAUUUUUAAUCACGAAUUCACCAAGUGAAGGGAAAAGUUUGACCCAGAACCAAUUUUUACAUAUCGCCAUACAGAUUGCACAAGGAAUGGAAUAUUUGUCCGAAAAUCAUUACGUUCAUCGCGAUUUGGCCGCAAGGAAUUGUUUAGUUUCCAAGGAUUUGGUUGUUAAAAUCAGCGAUUUUGGACUCAGUAGGGAUAUGUACAGUUGCGAUUACUACCGGGUGCAAUCAAAGAGUCUCUUGCCCGUCCGCUGGAUGCCCCCCGAGUCCAUCCUCUACGGCAAAUUCACCACCGAAAGUGACGUCUGGUCGUACGGAGUCGUCCUGUGGGAGAUUUACAGUUACGGUUUGCAACCCUACUACGGUUACAACAACCAGGAAGUGAUCAAUAUGAUUCGAUCCCGGAAGCUGCUCCCGUGUCCCGACGCGUGCCCCAGCUAUUGUUACGCCCUAAUGGUGGAAUGUUGGGCCGAAUUAGCCGUUCGACGUCCCAGUUUCGGCGAAAUCAGUCACCGAUUGCGUGUUUGGAAACAAAAUGGGAAUCUAAACGGUGCCUAUUUUAAAACAAGUGACAGUCGUUCGAAAUCGGAGGAAGACAGCGCCACCUGGGAACGAAAACGACACCAUGAGAGUCAGAGUAGUCUCACGAGUCGGACGUCGAGUCUUGGGAAUAAAACACAAAGCACGAGUUUGAGUAAUGAACAGUCGAGGAAUCGGAGGAGUCAUAGGAGGAAGGAGGAUUCGCUUGAUAGGGGGAUGAGCCCCAAAAAUACAGUGGUUAAUUCAAAUGGGGAUAAUUUUGAAAUAAGGAUUACACAUUGAUUUUUUGUUCCUGGAGUUGUGUUUGAGUCAAUUUAUGCCAAAUUUUUAUGUUAUGAGUAUUUAUCCUUUUUUAUGUCAUUUUUCUAUUGUGUGUCAUGUGUACGUCAGUGUGUGUUUAUAAAAUAUAUCCAAGUUUUUUUUAA